AUGCAAAUCAUGGAAGGAGCAAACGCAAAGAACAUCCCGAUAUACAUAACACCCAUUGACUUCAGGAUAGCCUUUGAUUCAAUUAACCGCGGAAUGAAAAAAGAAGGCGACGCCAGAAGGGCACAAAAGCAGUUAUCCGCCAUCAAAGAAAGUGACUAUGCGGCAAGUUCAAAACUCGACUGUGUGUCACGUCUGUCAGUGUUGCUUUAUGGUUGCGAAUCGUGGACCCAAACUGAAGCCAUGGAACAUAAACUCGACAUAUUUGCAAGAAAACGUUAUGGAAUCAUACUACAUAUCAACCAAGCCGAAGCUCACAUUAUAAACAAAGAGCUAUACAAUACAACUGAUAAAGUACCAACCAGCAGCCAAACUCCUGCUUCAGUUCUCAACGCGAACUGUCCCUGGCUUUUAAAACCUUGUCUAAAACAAGCUGCAUUACAUCUGCAUAAUCUUAUGCUGCGCCAGUCACACCAGCACAGUCCGAGGGUCUUUAAAUUUUUUAAAUAG